AUGGAUCAGUGUGUGAAGUGUGCAGAUCAUCAAUAUGCCAACCGAGACAAAAACCACUGUCUCCAAAAAUCUGUGACCUUUCUGGGUUAUGAAGAUCCCAUGGGUUUGGCUCUGGCCUGCAUGGCUGUGUUCUUCUCUGUACUCACAGCUGCUGUUCUUGUGGUCUUCAUGAAACACAGAGACACUCCCAUUGUCAAGGCCAAUAACAGGGCUCUCACCUACAUCCUGCUCAUCUCCCUCACCUUCUGCUUUCUCUGUCCCUUGCUCUUUAUUGGCCGUCCUAGCAUGGCCACCUGCAUCCUCCAGCAGACCACGUUUGGAAUUGUGUUCACAGUGGUUACUUCCACUGUCAUGGCCAAAACUCUCACUGUGAUUCUGGCAUUUAAUGUCACGUCUCCAGGGAAAAGGAUGAGGUGGCUGUUGGUAUCAAGAACACCUAACUACCUUAUUCCCAUCUGCACACUGAUCCAACUGACUGCCUGUGGAAUCUGGCUUGGAACCUCUCCACCCUUCAUUGACACAGACACAAACUCGGAACACGGCCACAUCAUCAUCGUGUGUAACAAGGGAUCACUUGUGGCCUUUUACUGCAUCCUGGGAUACCUAACUUUCCUGGCUUUUGGGAGCUUCACUGUGGCUUUUCUAGCAAGGAACCUUCCUGACACAUUCAAUGAAGCCAAGUUCCUGACGUUCAGCAUGCUGGUGUUCUGCAGUGUCUGGGUCACCUUCCUCCCUGUCUACCACAGCACCAAGGGAAGGGUCAUGGUGGCCGUGGAGGUCUUCUCCAUCUUGGCCUCCAGUGCAGGGAUCUUAGGCUUCAUCUUUGGUCCCAAGUGCUACAUUAUUUUGUUAAGGCCAGAGAGAAACACUCUAUAUGGCUUCAGGAAUAAAACCCAUUCUAUGUACAAUGAAGGUUCUGAAAGUUAA